GCCAUAAGCGCGGGUAAUACACUUACAUAAUCAAGUCACGCAACCACGUGAUUGCCCCACAGAAUCAGGCGCCGCAGCCAAACCUUAAUUCAUCGAACAGCUUUAGACGGCGCAGCUCAUUGCACAGUUCGUCGGAGCACAGAGGGUGAAAGGGCUUGUGGAUCGCUUCGGGACAGCCAUUGCCCCGUCGAUCCCAGUAUAUUGAUCCUGUCUACUUUUUAAAACCAAGGAUUUCUAGAGAACUUUGGUGAUCUCUCAAAGCCAAACAUGGCAACUGACGGGCAGGAGGAGAUGUACGAGGAGGAACAUGUUCAUCGGGUCUACCAAGAAAUUGCACAUCAUUUUUCAUCAACGAGGUACAAGGCUUGGCCAAUUGUAGAGCGAUUUCUGACCGAAUUGGCCCCCGGCUCCGUUGGGCUUGAUAUUGGCUGCGGUAAUGGUAAAUACCUGCCGGUGAACCCAAAUAUCUUUAUAAUAGCUUCAGAUAGAUCCGAGGCUUUAAUAAAAAUUGCGAGCAAGCAUCAGCCGCAUUCCACUGUAAUAGCUGAUAAUUUAAGUCUUCCCCACCCGAACGGAUGCUUUGAUUUUGCAAUUUCAAUUGCGGUGGUGCACCAUCUAUCGACCCGUGAGCGCAGAGUCAAGGCUGUUGAGGCCAUUCUUGAUACAUUAAAACCCCCUCAGGACAGCUUUGAAGGUGGUAAGGCCCUCAUAUAUGUUUGGGCUCUCGAGCAAAAGAACAGCCGGCGAGGUUGGGAUGCAGGUGAUGAACAGGACGUCAUGGUUCCUUGGGUGAGAAGGGGAAAAGGAUCUGACAAAUCUGCUGAAUCGACUCAGACGUUUCUCCGCUACUACCAUCUUUACCGAUCAAAUGAGCUAGAAGACGACAUAUGCGCAGCUGGUGGCCGUGUUCUGAACCACGGCUACGAGAAGGAUAACUGGUGGGCCAUUGCGACGCCACUCCCUCGAUGAGCAAAAGGUUAUGCUAGGAUUCAAUUUCUCCAUUGAGCAAGGAUUAUAUCGACCAUGAACUGAAAUGCAAAAUUAAUUUAAAUCCGAACUCGGGAAAAGAGCAAGAAAGACAAAAACACCAAAAUUAGGUUUACAUAAUAUGCUGUUCCCAGACCUUGCGAAUCUACCAUACCGAUUCCCGCGACCCCAACCCGCGCUAUGCAUACAUGCUAAGUAAAUAGACCCUUCCGCUUCCAUCGUCUUAUCGUCUGUGUGCUCGGGGCCUUGAUCCCCUUCGAAUCUGCGUCGGACCUGGCUCGGGGUGGAAUAGUGAAGAAGCCAUCGCUGGAUGAGGCUCACCCACCAUUUGUGAGGUGUAUGCAGGGAUUCCAGCAGUGAGCUCCGCCAACGAUGGGAGUUGGCUUGUGCUUAAGCGGUCUCGUCUCGAGAGGGUGUUUCGACGCGCUCUCGGCGAAGACUGCGUUGGGGGGGCGGAAAAUGAGAAUGGUGUUACUCCUGCUCGCUGUGCCAUCUCGGCUUCACCAAGUUGCCAGUGCAUGGCCUCUGCUGCUCUCCAAGGUAUAGCCAUUUCUUCGGCUAUCCUUGACCACAUUUCCUCCUUGAAUCUGCAUUUGGAUGUUAGCCAUAAUAAUCGAAGACCCCGGCCCUGAUUGCUGGUUUGGCACUU